ACUGUUGCUGCGCGGUGAGUUGUCCGAGUUAUGGUCACUUCAAAAAUUUCGAUAACAUGGCAUCGUUAGAGGACGAAACGUUUCGUGAAGUUAAAUCACGUCUCGUAGAUACUAUGCAAAAAACAGAAUGGAUUCCUUUGUCUCUCACUUUAGUCGAAUAUCCCCAAGGUGAUUUUUUUGGAAAAUUGUUAGCUUUAAUAAGUUUAAUACCAUUUGCUAUUAUAGCUGGUAUUAUAACAUUGAUUCUGUUUAGAAGAGAUUUACAUACGAUUACAUUUUUUAGCGGUAUGAUAAUAAAUGACAUCAUAAAUUUUAUAUUGAAACAUACAAUUUGCGAAGCAAGGCCAAUGAGACGGAAUGUUCAUGUUGAAUAUGGUAUGCCAUCAUCACACGCACAGUUUAUGUGGUUUUUUGCAGCAUAUACCACACUUUUUAUAUGCAUCAGGUUACAUCAUAACAACAAUAGCAGUGUCUCAGAAAGAUUCUGGAGAGUCACUAGUAUAGCUGCUUGCAUAAUUAUUGCACUUUUAGUGACAUAUAGUAGGGUUUAUUUAUUGUAUCACUCUAUUUCUCAAGUCUUAUGUGGUGCUUUCAUAGGAAUUAUAUUGGGAGUAGUAUGGUUUUUAAUAAUGCAUAUAGUACUUACACCAUUUUUUCCUAUUAUUGUUUCAUGGCGAAUAUCAGAGUACCUACUGUUACGUGAUACAACAUUAAUUCCUAAUAUUCUUUGGUUCGAAUACACAAAUAUUCGCACAGAAGCACGGGCACGCUCGAGAAAACUUGUGUCAAUGAAAUCACAAUGACGCCUAAUGUCUAGGCAUGGG